GUCUCGUCUAAAUUUUAUUGAAUUUUGUUUCUAACAAACUGGCCACGGAGCAGGUCGCCGUGUGCGUGAUGUCUGUUCCAGAGCUCCUUCCUGGUGAUAGUGGCUGUGAACAGUUAAAGAGCAAGAGAAUUGAUAAACAGAUUAAAAGAGCCAAAUGGAGACUUUUUCUGAGGCAGUACCCUGUAUCAUUUUAAUUGCUUACUGACACAUUUUAAACAUGCAGAAAAUAUUCUUUUUCUGUGUUGUUUGUUGUAGGUCCGUAAUUAUGCCAGCUGACCAACAUCCAAGUAGAAUUACCUUGUUUAAGAGGGAGAAGGAUACUGUAUACCGCAUCCCCUCACUCCUCUACCUCAAGGAACACAACAUUUUUUUAGCCUUUGCAGAGGAACGAACAUCAUUCCACGAUGUGGAUGCAAAGCGUCUGGUGAUGAGGAGAGGCUCGUUUAUCAGAGGAACAGUGAAGUGGAAGGACAUGAUACCACUGAAGAUGGCCAUGCUGCCUGGGUAUCGGACAAUGAACCCGUGCCCAGUGUACGAGCGGAAGUUUGGAGUGAUUUACUUGUUCUUCACCUGCAUCAAGGACGGUGUCACAGAGCAGCAGCAGAUCUGGUGGGGUAAGAACGUGGCCAGGCUGUGCUAUGUGCUGAGCCGAGAUGCUGGAGCCAGCUGGACACAGCUGACAGAUCUGACUGACACAGUCCUCGACAGCCGGCUCUGCCAAUGGGCCACCUUCGCGGUGGGACCCGGUCAUGGUGUGCAGACACAACAAGGGAGGCUCAUCAUCCCUGCUUAUGCCUACAUCAUCAGCCGGAGAUGCUGCCUGAUCCCGCCUAAAUUCUUCACACGCCCGCACUCUUUCUACUUCUACAGUGACGACAGUGGAGACAACUGGAAACUGGCAGAACCAAUAACGGAGUGCCCAGCAGUGGAGUGUGAGCUGGCAGAGAUUACCAUCACUGACAGCUACCAUCUACUGUACUGCAAUGCCCGAACACAAAGGAGGCACAGAAUGGAAGCAUUGAGCCUGGACCCUGACCACUUUGAAAUUGUCCGCUUGGCGCAGGGACUGCCAGAAUCGAAGGAUGGCUGUCAGGGCAGCGUGGUGAGUUUCCAUCACUCAAACCCAGUCACCGUUUCAUCCAGCAAGUCAAAACCUGGGCAGACUGGCACAGUGGUUGAGAUGUCCUGGCUCCUGUACACUCACCCAACAGGUGAACCUUGCUGUUUUUAUCACAAACGCAAUCGGACUAACCUGGGCGUCUACAUCAACCUGAUGCCCCUGAAGCCUAAACAAUGGUAUGGACCAUGGAUCAUCCAGGCUGGACCUAGUGGUUACUCUGACCUGGUGUACCUUGAUGGGAUGGGAAUCUUUGCUUGUUUGUACGAAUGUGGUAUCUCCAAAUCCUGGGAACAAAUUGCUUUCUGUCUGUUUACCAUCGAUGAGGUAAUGGAAAAUAUCUUUUAAUCGCAUAGCCAUUAUAAGAUUGACAGAAAGUGAGGACUGCAGAUGCUGGAGAUCAGAGCUGAAAAUGUGUUGCUGGAAAA